AUGGCGCAGCACCUUUUCCCUCCGAGCGAGGAGGUCUCGCGGAAUGCCUGGAUUUCUUCAAUGGAACAGUAUAAGGAAAUGUACCGUAGAUCUCUGGAUGAUCCCGAUCGCUUCUGGGGCGACAUUAGUAAUGAGCUCUUCUGGAAGAUGAAGAGCUCAUCAAAGAAUCUCUGCAGCUACAAUUUUAACAGUAGUCAAGGAGGAAUCUUCGUCAAGUGGUUCGCUGGGGCUCGAACUAACAUCGCUUAUAACGCUCUCGAUAGGAAUGUAGAAAAAGGGUAUGGUAAUAGAACGGCUUUUCUAUGGGAAGGAAAUGAACUAAACGACACUAGAAGAAUUACUUAUAAAGAGUUACUCGAAGAAGUCUGCAAAUUCGCCAAUGUCUUGAAACAGAAAGGUGUGAAAAAAGGCGAGAGAGUGGCCAUUUACAUGCCAAUGAUUCUGGAAUUAGUUGUGGCAAUGCUGGCAUGUGUGCGUCUGGGACUCGUUCAUUCCAUUGUGUUUGGUGGUUACUCUGCAGAAUCCCUUGCAGAAAGAAUUCUAGACGCAAAAUCGGCCCUUCUCAUCACGGCAGAUGGUGGAUACAGGGGGCAAAAACUUGUCAAUCUGAAAUCUAUAGCGGAAAAAGCCAUUGAAAUCUGCAACGAAAACGGACACAAACUGAAAGCUGUUAUAGUGGUCAGACAUGUAGGGAACAGCGAACUUGGAAAGCAGACUAAUAUGCAGGACAAAUGGAAAGAAGGCGUCUCUUUCUGGCACGAAGAAAUGCAAGGUGUAUCUAAUACAUGUGAUCCAGAAUGGAUGGAGGCGGAAGAUCCAUUGUUUAUUCUUUACACAAGUGGUUCAACCGGAAAGCCGAAAGGAAUUCUACAUACAACCGCUGGAUACAUGGUAUACGCUUACACCACAUUUAAAUAUGUCUUUGAUUACCAUGACAGGGACAUAUAUUUCUGUACAGCAGACAUCGGGUGGAUUACUGGUCAUACCUACGUCACAUAUGGACCAUUACUGAAUGCUGCUACUUCUGUUAUGUUUGAAGGAGUACCAUUUUAUCCAGACGCUAGCAGAUUUUGGAAUAUAAUUGACAAGUACCGGGUGAGCAUCUUUUAUACAGCUCCAACCGCAAUAAGAGCACUGAUGCGCUUUAGCGAUGAUUUUGUCACGAAAACAAAACGCGAAUCCUUACGCCUUUUGGGCAGUGUCGGCGAACCGAUCAAUCCGGAAGCCUGGCUUUGGUAUCACAGAGUAGUUGGAAAUGGCCGAUGUCCAAUAGUUGACACAUUUUGGCAAACGGAAACAGGUGGCAUUGUGAUCACUCCGUUACCUGGCUGCACAACCCUGAAACCAGGAUCUGCGUCUUUUCCAUUCUUUGGUGUUUCUGCAAAACUCCUGUCAGAAGAAGGGAAAGAAAUACAUGGUGAAGGAGAAGGCUAUUUAGUAUUUGACAGACCUUGGCCAGGUAUGAUGCGUAGUGUGUAUGGAUCACAAGAACGUUACGAAACAACAUAUUUCAAAAAAUUUCCUGGUUAUUAUUGUACAGGAGAUGGGGCUAGAAGAGACAGCGAUGGUUAUUUAUGGGUGACAGGACGAGUCGAUGACAUGUUGAAUGUAUCUGGUCAUUUAUUAUCGACAGCAGCUGUCGAGUCAGCUCUUAUUACACAUCCCGAUGUUGCGGAGACAGCUGUAGUCUCUACACCUCAUCCUGUCAAAGGAGAAUGUCUCUACUGUUUCGUAACUCUGAAGGAGGGCAAAGAAUAUAACGAGAACCUGGGAAAGCAACUUAAAGAAAAAGUUCGUUACUGGAUUGGGCCAUUUGCAACCCCAGAGUAUCUACACAUCACAUCAGCUUUACCAAAAACCAGAUCUGGGAAAAUUAUGAGAAGAGUUUUGAGGAAAAUCGCAGUGAAUGACCAUGAUUUGGGUGAUCUGACAUCACUAGCAGAUGACACAUUGAUCACAAAAUUGUUUCAAAGUCGUCCAGUGACUGAAUAAAUAUCAGAGAUCUACAGACAGCAUUUAUUUUGGAAAUGAUAGUAAUUAUUUAUUGUGUUGUAGAAACUUUACAAUGAUAUUGGAAAUGAUAGUGUUUUUAUUUUCGCUGCCCUUUUGGAAAACUGUUGCAUUGACGAGUUUACGUUCAGCAAGUUUCUAAAUGUCAUCGUAUCUAUGUUAGUGACAAAUUCCUUUACAUAUCAUGAACUAUGUAGAUGUUAAUAUGCCCUAUUUCAAACGACAAAAUCAGCCGUAUGGUAAGGAAGAAUUGAUUUUUUUUUAUCAUAACAUAGUGGUCAUCAAUAUUUAUGUUUUAAAUUCCAAACAGAUCACUACUACAUUAGAGCAGGUAAAAUCCCUUUCAAAAUUCUGACAUGAAAGAAAUAUAGUGACUUGAAGAGUUCAUCUUUUAUAAUGACUUGGAGUGCACUAUAAAAAAUGUGUAAUAUAAAAAUAGAUUUAACAUAAUUUUGAAAGAUUAUUUGCUAUAAAGUCGUUCUCACAGAAAUUAAAAAUGUGAGAUAUAAUUGGUAUUUUUUAUUAUUUUUUUGGCCUAUGUUUAUUCCUUCAAGGAUUAUAAAACAAUUUUUACUUAUCACAUUUUAAUAACAUUUCAAACGAGUUAGGAAGCUGUAAUAGGGAUAAUUGUUUCUAAAACGUAUUUUGCCGUCAUUUUGCUUUCAUAUUUUAAUUCUUUUGAAAGUUUCAACUUCUUCAUUCUUUGAAAGCACAAUUUUUUUCAACAUAUUAUUUCUCAAGUGAAAACUUAAUUUUUCAUAUUAUUGUUGUGGCCCGAAUCCAUUUUUGAACGGAACUUGUAUUCUUACCUCAGAAAAGGAUUUUUCAAUUGAAAUAAAUGUUUUUAUAAAUCAAUAAUAUUAGCAAUUUGCUAAAAUGCUUAAUUUGCGCAGCCUUUUGUAUAAUCUCUGCUGGCUGUUUUUAUUUCUUAUUAAUGCAUUUGCUAAUAUAUUUUUAUAUCUGCUAAUAUUUCUUAAUAAUAAUUUCUUAUAAUAUUUCUUAAUAAUAAUAAUUAUUAUUAUAGUUUAUAUCUGCUAAUUAUAAUUUGAAGUGUUGGCAGUUAUUGAAUUCAAGCGAAACUAUUAUGUCUUUUAUUUGCCUCUCACAGAAAUAUUAUCUUUUAAGGGAAAAAAAAAAACAUUUAAAUUUUUAAUACAAUACAAACGUUUGCUUCUCGGAACCACUUAUGAGAAAAAAAAAAUCAGUAAAGCCCAAAAAGUACUUUACACAAAAUUCUAAUUUCUAAAUAUGAUUAAUGAUAAUACGAAUGCUAGAAUUCGCUACAUUAGGAAAUUUAGAUUAUACUUCAAAUAACUCUCUUCAAUAUAUUUUUGCAGAAUGCUAGAGAAAGCACCACAUUUGAUAUAAAUUAUGAGCAAAAGAAAUGACACCACUUUUAUGUAACUCUUUUUUUCGAUAGGGUUGUCAUGUAUGUUUAUUAUUUUAAAAAAUGUAUGUUGUGUACUUCAUGACUGAUAUUUUAUAUGUAGAAGAGUUUAGAUUCAUUAGCCAUAAACUGAUGAUAUUCAGAUUCCAGAUAGAAGACUUCUUUAGAAGAGUUUCUUUAUAUAAAUUGCCAUAAUAUUUGGAUGCUUAGAUGGACAAAUCAAAAUGUAUAAUUCCAUAUAUAGUAACCACCAAAUGUGGUGAAAAUACAUAUCAUGAAAUGUGUCUUCUUCGAUGAGUCCAUUAAAAAUUCCAGAUCAAACUUAGAAUAGAUGUAAUGAGCAUGCUGAAUGUUGUUUAUUUUAGAUUAAAGCUUUAU